AUGCCUGAGGGCAACCUUACUGAUGAUGAAGACACACUUCCCUCUCCUGAGAGGAAUGAAACAGUACUGGUACCACAAGAGGGGCACAUACCUCCAUCAGAUGACGAGAUACCAUCAAGAGUCAGAGCUAAGAAUCCUUUGCCCAAAGAAAAUGAGAGGGGUGAUACGCCACACAAGAGACACAAAUCACACAAGAGGUGCAAGCCACCAUCAUCAGAUGAUGAGAUGCCAUCAGGAGUUGGCACUAAGAAGUCUUCCUCUAAAGGCCGGCUCGCAUCCCCAGCCUAUCGCUCAGCAGACGCCCCCUUCCAAUCAUCUGUACCGACUACGCCAGCCGCAUAA